AUGUCUUCCACCAGCAACGCCUCCAUUGACAAGUUCAACGGAGACAAUUACGCAACGUGGAGCCGGUACAUGCGCGGUGUGUUUUUGACGAAGUCCGUCUGGCACGUCGUCAACCGUGAAGUGACUCCGACUUUCACCGACCCGCGAGCGUCCGAUGACUACGUCAAGGCAAGCAACGUCGCGUUUGGUAUGAUGCUGCUGCACAUGAACGCGGACUACCAUCAUGUGCUGGACAACUGCGAGGAAGCCUGGGUUGCGUGGACAAGUCUGAAGACGCUGUACGGUGGGUCGCAGAAGGCAGGACGCAUCUACCUCAAGCGACAACUUUUCAGUAUCAAGAUGGCUGAAGGCGCGAACGUCAUGCAUCACUGCAACGAGGUCCUUAACAUCUCCGCCAAGCUUAGCGGCAUCGGUGCGAAGAUGGAAGACGAAGACGUUGCAAUUUGUCUGCUACUCAGUCUUCCGAAGAGCUACGAAAAUGUGGUGCUCAACAUGGAAAUGAGCAGCACCGAGCUUCGCACUCAAGAUGUGGUGAGAGUCCUGACGAAUGAGCAUGCCAAGCGUCAAGGAGCAAAAGGGACAACGACAGCGACUACGGUGAAGGCUGAAGAUGCAAGCAAGGCAUUCAGCGCCGAGCGUGAGCCCUACCAAUGCACGUAUUGUGGCAAGGUGGGACACACGGUGGAUCGUUGCUGGACAAAGCAGAAGAACGAAGGUCGGGGAGCCCGACGCGGCGGCAAUGGUCGUGGACGCGGGGCUAACAAUGUCCAGUGGGAACAUCAUGAUGAAGGCAAUGGCUACGAUCGAGUGGCGUUUGCAGUCUCGUUCGAAUGUGGAGUUUCGACGAGCAAGGACGUGUCUGGAAUGUGGGCCGUCGACAGUGGUGCAACGCACCACAUUUGCCACGACAAGACCAAGUUCGCAAGUUUGGCAGAGCGCAAUGAGGGCGAACUCUUGGUGGCUGAUGGCAACAAGGUGGCCAUCAAGGGUGUGGGAACCAUCAUGGAAAAGGUGGUUCUGCCCAACGGUGAAGAGCGUGAGAUCGAAAUCAAGAACGCGCUAUAUGUUCCAAGUAUGAGCAAGAACUGUUGA